CCUUGGAUGCAUACCACAGAAAUGCAAAUUGUAAACAGCGGCAUCUUGGGAGUAGCCACCGCCGGGUACAUGACAACGUCUUUUAUCGUUCUGCUGGAUAUGUCUGGUGUGGAACUGUAUAAGGACGCUCUAGCACUGCGACUUAUCUUUGGCGGACUAGCAUCUCUCAUUGGACCGGUGACAGUAGGUUGGUUGCUGGAUAUAACCGGAGACACAACGCUUUCCUUCUACUUCAUGGGUAUUAGCUGCAUGGUGUGUGCUGUCAUCCUAUGUGGGUUACUAUAUCGGCUGACCAGGAUAAAAGAUGUACAGACCACCGCCUUAGUUGAUAGCGAACCACAGAUGGAUGGAGAGUCAGAAAUCAACGACCCAACUUCAGUGAACGACACAUGUGAAAAGCUGAGUAUAGCUGAUGAUCUGAUUAUUACUCACAUAUGAGAGUGGAACGUCGAUACAUAACUACCCGUACGUCCAUGGCAACGAGGGAAUGCCACAGCUCUAGUGACACUAAUAUCUACAGUGAGACUAAAGUACACAGAGUAGAGUGACUACUAAACAGACAGACUGAAUGAUACUUACCGAGAUGUCACCAGAGCCUGUUUAGAACUACGUCUCUAGUCAAAACUCUACACAAAGGCAGCACUUAUAAUAGUGCUACACUGAGGUGCUACGGCUGCGGUGACUUUGCAAGGUGCUUAAGCGAUACUCCAGCUAGGCUAUCUCUAUGGCGACUACUUCAAAAGAAUACUUUUGCCCGGACUCUACUGCAAAGCUAUUAAUUCUUUGUUAUUGCUAUAUGACUUAAUACAUCAUCAAUGACGAUGCUGAAAGACUGCCGGAGACUUAUAGUGACUGCUUUGCCUUAGUGGAGACAUUGCCUCAAUCAUAUCUCACCACGAGCAAUCAUGAUGGGCUACUUCUGCGAUACGCAUGUCAUAAUGACUCAGCAAUCUCUACGUUGAAACUCCAUGUACUUCGUAACUGGCUAUGCUAGGAGACUAUAAUGGACUCGGUGACUGAUAUGGUCUUUUAAACAUAAUGACCGCAGUUUAUGUAUAGCGUUGUUAAGUAGAUUUAAGCCACGGUAAUUACUUAAUUGGUAUCUCCAAAAUGCAAGAAAGGAAACGUUUUGUUUGGUAGAUGCACCCUACGGGUAAAAUGUUUGAAGUCAACGGAAAUUAGGUUAAUUUAAUAGUCCAUCAUAGUACUGGGCUUUCGCCAUUAAAUGUACUAUUAACAAAUAAUUAUUCAGAUUUAAUUGUAUUAAAUGUACUAGUUAAUUGUACUAGUUAAUACUUACUUUUCCUGUAAAAAAAUUGAAACAACAAUUUUACAAAUAUACACCAUAGAAAAUUC